GGUUUGUGACUAUUCCUCUGUAUCUCUUUGCACAGCUUGGAAGCUGUUUGGCAAGUGAUUUGCAUUUGACGUUAAUAUUCUUUCUUUCUGAGUUUCUAUAAGUAUUUCUGUGUUUCUGAUUAUUUUCACCUCAUAUUUUUUACUUAAUAUUGAACUAAGAAAAAUAGAGACAAUAACAAUGACAUUUUAGGAUGGCUCAAAAUUUUGAAUUAGGAGUCCUAAACUUUGAGAUGAUAUGUGUGCCUCUCCAAUCACCCAUAAUUUGCUGAACUUAAAGCUUUGUCAGACAUAGUAGUUAACCAUGCAGGCACAUGCUUUCAGAUUUUGUAUCUAAUUUGAUGAUCUAAUAUAUUUUAAAUGCCUGUAGAAUUAGAUCAUUAUUAGUUAAUCUUUCAUUUCAUCUAUUUACUCCAUUUCUAAUUGUUCUUUUGGAUUUUUCUUGUCAGAGAUCGGGUUAUGAAGUCUACAUAUUAGAAGCCACAUACAAAGAUCCAGCGGGCUGUGCAGCUAGAAACGUGCAUAAUUUUACCUUAGAUGAUAUCCAAGAGAUGGCAGGACGAUGGGAAGAAGCGCCAUCCUUAUACUUGCAACUAGACAUCAAGUCAUUAUUCUGUGGAGAUGACCUGAAGGAAAGUGGAAUUCAGGAGGUAGAUAUGGAUAUGGGAGAUGGAGAUCUUUAUGAAGAUUCAUCUGGACAUCAAGAAAGUAAGCCUGGGAAUAUGAAAGUACAAUCUAUUGGAGGUGAUGCACCUGAAGAUUCUUCAGUUUAUACAAAGAAAUGUGAUACUGAGGGGGACAAUCCAGCUGCUGUUAAAGAAUUAAGUAGGAGUAAAUGGUCAAAUGAUAUUGAUGAAGAUGAUAAUGAAGGAUCAGAAAGUGUGAAAGGAAAUUUGAAUGCUCUCUCGGGGUUGAUCCAAGCAUAUAGCAAGGAAGGAAAAUCUGUUCAUUGGGGUGAUCAGGUUCAUGACACUGGCUUCUCAAUAGGUGCGGCAAAGCUGGCCAAAGUGUCUUCUCUAGUGAUUGGACCGGGUUCUGGAUACAACUUGAAUUCCAACCCCUUGCCCAAAGAGAUCCCCGCAUCAAACAACUUUGUCCAUUCGAAGAAGCAGACAGUAUUUCAAGAGCGACUCCGAGCAGAGCGCGAAUCCUUUAAAGCCGUUUUUGAUAGGAGGAAACAAAGAAUUGGGAUAGAUCCUGAUGAGGAUUAGUAUUAAAAUGGUUAAUGUUGAAAAUAUUCGAGCUCCCCACCAAUUUUGUCUUUGUUUAGCUAUUUGUUACCCCGUCGAAGAAAGGUGGGUUGAGUAAAAUUGUAUCUGUAACUGUAAAACUGUAAUCUUAAUUCUUAGCGGAGUGCAAAUUGCUCUCCAGCUGCCUAAUGCAAUAGAAUUUUCAAAUAAAU